AUGGAGUCGGAGUUAGCACUCUUUACGGGCGGCUACGAUGCCGAAUAUCGAAGCCGGACUUGGCCGCUCUAUCAACACCCGCAUGGGAACAUGGCCUUCCGCUCUUGCAGCAGGCGGGCUGGCAUGAGAAAUCGAACAGUUGGUGAGAGUCCAGCGGCGUUGGAAGGGUCGAUGGGUCAAAUCAAACCUCCGGGACCUGUUACAAUGGGUGUGGUCAUCGUUUCCAUAGUUGUCAACAACGGCAAACCCCCCGGGUUGAUAAAGAUCGAAAUCCAGCCCAUAAUCCACGAACGUAACCGCAGCGUGACCUUUUUAAAGGCAAGUGUGGUUUUUUAUACGUCUAGUGUUUCCCCGCCGUCCAAUGGGAACCAGGAACGGACGGAGGGCCGGUUAAGCCUUCUGUGGCCGAUGGACAUCUCCCCGUUAUGCAGUCUUGGCGAGAGGAAAAACGGUCUCUUCAAGAAGGCCUAUGAGCUCGGUGUUUUGUGUUCAGUCGAUGUCGCUGUCAUCAUUUUCGAGCAACGCCCUGGCCACAAUGUCAAGCUAUACCAGUACUGCUCGGGUGAUGCUCAAGAUAUGGUUCGACGCCAUCUCGGUUUUGAUGGCGAGAAAGACACACGAGGCCCAGCGGACUUUUCUGGCAAUGCAGCGACCAAGAACGACGAUAAUGCUGAUGUUGACGAGGAUGACCAAGAAGAAGAAGAAGAUGUGGUGGUGACUUCCUUGGGGAAAAGAGGUCGGACGAAUACAGAGAGUCAGCUCAAGAUUGACGUUGACUACCGCCACAGGCAACCGUCGGCAUCAUCCUCCCUCCCAUUGUCGAGAGACCGUGACUCGCCUUCAAGUAAGAAAGCACGAAUUGCACCAAUGAUGGGGCCUUCACGAACAUCGUCGACAGAAAUGACAGGCGGUUAUUCUUAUGCCCCACCUUCUUCCUCUAUGCGCAACACGCAACCAGCAUAUGGCGGGAACUCGUCCUAUUAUCCAACACAGACAUCAUUUGGCAGCACUGGGUAUGAUAGCUUUGGGGGUUCCCGCUCAGGUGGACGUAUGUAUGGGGAUUUCAGACCACCACCACCGCCACCAAGAAGUAGUGACCCGUUCAGUCUGCUCGAACCGGAAGAAACACGUCAGAUUCAGACUCCCAGUGGACCAUAUGGUGGGCUAGAGUGGCCGGUUCACACCGGUAGUGGCGGUAGACCAAGCACAAGUGCGGAUAGCUCAUCGCCUUCAACGGCAGGAAAUUGGAUGGAUUUGAUGGGAGGAGCAAGACUCCGCGACUUUCUCCCGAAAAUGGUCGAAAAGACUGCUAAUGGCACGUCUUCCAAACCAUCUAUUCUCUCCAAAAUCAUACACGCUCUCGUACCUUGUAUUCCUUCGUCGUCCUCUGUAGCGGACCCAGAAUCCGUGGUGGUUGAACCUGUUGUCCAAGAAAAAGCCGCAUUAAAGGCACCAGAUGUCGCCCCCCCAGCUCCCCAGCCAGAGGUACCGGCUGUGGAGACAACUCAACUACCGGUUGAAGAACUCAUGACGCCUCCAACUCCCGUUUCGUUGAUUCCACCCGAAGAAACGGAAGGCGUGACAUCUGGUGCAGUUCAAGCCCCAGGCUCAACUGGAGAGGCAACCAUCCAUCCAAACAAGCGGGAAUCGGUGGCAGAAGAGACAGACACCAGCUUCACUGACGAUGAAGAGCUUGCCGACAACAUUGACGAUGAAGAGGACCGCCUUAUCCUCAAUGGUGGCGCUGGCAUUCCCAUAGGCCCAGACGGCUCUCCGAACCCGCUACUUCCACCCGUGUCCCCUCAUCAUGCUGGCCGCAAGUGUCUUGUUCUUGACUUGGACGAGACUCUUGUCCAUAGCAGUUUCAAGGCAUGUCUUGUUUGCUCUCUCUUUUUCGCUCUUCUCACCCUUCACAACCAGUCUAUACAACAAGCGGACUACGUUGUCCCAGUAGAAAUCGAAUUCAACUGGCAUAACGUGUACGUUAUCAAACGGCCAGGCGUGGACAAUUUUCUCAAGAAGAUGGGCGAAAUAUACGAAGUCGUCGUCUUCACUGCUAGUCUAAGCAAGUAUGCGGACCCCGUUUUAGACAAGCUCGAUGUGCAUCAAGUUGUUGCUCACCGACUAUUCCGUGAAAGUUGCUAUAAUCACAAAGGCAACUACGUCAAGGAUCUCUCUCAACUCGGCCGGCCGAUUGGAGACACCAUAAUCAUCGACAACUCGCCAGCAUCCUACUUAUUCCAUCCAGUACAUGCCGUCCCAGUUUCCUCAUGGUUCACCGACCCUCAUGACACCGAAUUGACUGACUUGAUACCAUUCCUUGCCGAUUUGGCAGGCGUUGACGAUGUUCGUGGGGUGUUGGAUGGAGCGCGAUAA